AUGAGGAGAUCCAAGAGACACCGCAAAGUGUGGCGAGUCUCCAAGCCACUGCAUCCACGCAGCCUGGACGAGGGGAGCACCCGGAUCGGAAGCGGAGUUCACAAUGAUUUCGUCACAAAGAGCACUUAUGGCUGGACCACUACGCUGCCAUUGUGUGAGCACAACUACGAGACUUUACCACGGAACGGCACUGUCCCACGCUUGAAACGGCUCUGUGCCGAGACCCUAGCCAAGAAUGUGGAGCACUUGGAACGAGACUACCUUGAGUUUGCCCCAUGGACGUGCUGGUCAUUGGUAUGGGAGUGUGUGCUCAGACAAGGGAACGACUCGUUUCGAGCACACCAGGUGUUUUCCUCCAGAUUUGGCCGUCUUGGCCAGUUCAGGGCCCACUGGGUGGCUCGCCACCAGUCGUCCAUGGGCGAAUUGACCACCCUUGCGCCCAGGACCCAGUUGCAGUGUCUCCGAAGUGAGGCUAUACGUGCCCUCCAACCUCCCCACGCCAGGAACUAUAGACUCGAGAAUUUAUUCUCGAACGUGUUGGUAGCGGAUGUAGUCCGUCGGCUCAACUUCUCUUUGGAGCGUCCUUUGGUCGUUUUAGACAUAUCUGCUGCCGCCAACACCAUUUCCAAAGAUGAGUACUACCUUCUACUCAAUAUUCCCGGCCUAGUGGCCUUGGAUCUCUCGGGAAGCCUGGUGGUUGACGACAGUUUUCUAGGGAAUUUGGCCACUAGCAUCCUGGUCGAUGGCAAAUUGGCAAAGCUUGCGGUGCUCAGACUAAAGGGUUGUCGCAACGUAUCAGCUCGAGCUGUGCACAAUCUUCUCUUGCGUUGCUCCGAUGCGUUCUGCUCGUUGAAGUAUAUCGAAAGUGAGGUGCCUAUUCCCACAACCAAGCACGAGCUCUCCGGAAAAUUUUACGUCAACGGCACCAAAUGGCAGCUGGUGAAUAAAUCUGAGCCUGGGUUGCAGGUCCUCUCCAGGCUUCCUUUGGGAUUAAAAACCCAUACGCUAUACAGAUACUUGAAUGGCAUGCCGAUACAAACUCCAGUCAAUAGCGGACCAGUGCUUGAUUUAAUGAUGUGCAGCCAUGUCUACCCCCAUGAGGCUAACCUGGAUGACAGGAUCCGCUUGUUCGAGGCGGCUUGGAAUACCAGGCUCAAUACUAGAAACCCAGAGUCUGUCUCGCAAUAUUGCUUCGUGAUGAAUGCCAACCACGAAAUAUCUACAAGUGCCAACGGUCAAGUUUUUUAA